GCAAUAGAAUAUUAUUGACAACAAAAUGCCGUCAGAAAGUCCAAUGGUUCCUGCACAGACGGAGAAGCCUCAGCAUUAUAUGUAUUUAAAAGAGUUUAGAACAACUCAAUGCCCCCUCUUCUUGCAACACAAAUGUACCCAACACAGACCCUACACUUGCUAUCGCUGGCAUUUCAUGAAUCAAAGAAGGCGAAGACCAGUUCGACGUCGCGAUGGCACCUUCAACUACAGUCCGGAUGUAUACUGUACAAAGUAUGACGAGACAACCGGAGUAUGCCCCGACGGAGACGAUUGCCCAUUUUUACACAGAACUGCAGGAGAUACAGAAAGAAGAUAUCAUUUACGCUAUUAUAAAACUGGCACCUGUGUGUAUGAAACAGAUACUAAAGGGAACUGUGUGAAAAAUGGUCCCCAUUGUGCAUUUGCCCAUGGAGCUAAUGACUUAAGACCUCCUGCAUAUGAUGUGAGAGAAUUACAGUCUAUAGAUGUAGACAAGAGCUCUAUUGCAAGUGGCAGCUCAUCACUAUCACAAUCAGGAACACCUAGCAGUUUAGAAAAAGAAAAAAUUUUGGCCGAAGAUCCUAGAUGGAAUGAUACAAAUUAUGUGUUGGCAAACUAUAAAACCGAGCAAUGUAAAAGACCCCCACGGCUUUGUAGACAAGGAUAUGCAUGUCCAUCAAAUCAUAAUUCACGGGACCGAAGAAGAAGCCCAAAGAAGCAUAAAUACAGAUCAACCCCUUGUCCCAAUGUUAAACAUGGAGAUGACUGGGGAGACCCUAUGCAGUGUGAGAAUGGUGACAAUUGUGCAUAUUGUCACACAAGGACAGAGCAACAGUUUCACCCAGAGAUUUACAAAUCAACCAAAUGCAAUGAUAUGGUGCAGACUGGAUACUGCCCUAGGGGACUGUUUUGUGCCUUCGCUCAUGUUGAACAGGAAAUAACUACAGAUAGGAACCUGUUAUCCACAAGUGAAAACUCCUUGGCUGCGUUUGUAUCUACCGUAUUGCCAUCUAUGACAAUGGAGAGUGGUCUGAUGCAGAUAAAUACAGAUUCAAUACCUGCUUUAGUACAGAAUUUAGGGAAGGAAAAUCAAAGUAUGAAACCAAUUCAAAAUAUAAAUGGGUCAUCAAAAUUUCCAGAUCCAAUAGGUAAAGAACGAGGCAACAGUAUUCCAAAUCAUAACAAUGGACAGGGAAGUAUAAACAGCAACACGAGCAGUCCGAUGCCUGAGCCAAUUGGGAAAGGUCGAUCUGGUAGCACAUCAAGCAGUAUUAAUUCGGAACUAAGUAGUGCCUGGUUUUGUCAGAAAGCCCCUGGAUCGGAGCGAGAUGAUUUCCAGACAAAACUGUGGCAGCAGCUGUCGACUAUAGACAAUGAUAACUCUUUAGAACUAACAGAAAAACUGAAGAGGAAACAAAACCUAGUGCUAGUACAUUCACUAAAUCACAACGGAAACAACAGUAUGACAACAUUGUCCAGCUCUCUGGGAAGCAUAGGAGUACAACAGACUAUUUCUCCGUCGUCCAACAUGUCUCCGCUUGCUCCAGCAUUCUACCCUACAAGUGACAUUGCAACCACGACUUCCACCAUGUCCACAUCCACUCCCUCCUUCUAUCCGGCUAUGGAUACUGUGGAGUCAGUCUUAGGUCAUGCUCUAGAAGAUCUUAAUCUGGAUGAUAUAGAUGUCAACAGCAUUGACAAAGAUGUAGACAAAGACAAUGACACAAACUCCUUAAGCAGUUCGCUGAGUGCAGGUAUCCCGUCAUCAGGGUUCGGACCUUCAUCUGUUCCGAUUGGUAUACCACCAGGUGGUCUCCCUAGAGGAAGUAUCAGUAGCCUUUCUCAGUCUCCACCAUCACCGUAUGGUAGUUUUAAUCUCCCUAUACUAUCAAUGCCACCACCUACCAAACAGGAAUCGGAUAAUAGUUCAUCGUAUUUAAACAACAAAUUUUCUUACUCGGAUUUUAAUUCGAUGUCACCGCGGAAUGGUCCUGGUGGUCCCCACUCUCCUCUGUACUCGUCCUACUCAUCAAAUCUGUCAAAUAGUGCCCAAGCCACAGAGCUGCAGAAGUUGAAGGAUGAGUUCACACACAACAAGACUCGUCUGGAACAUUGGGAACAGGCCUACUCACAGGCCAAGUGUGCUUGUGAAGCAUGGAAAAAAGAAGCUGAAGAAUCGAUAAGAAAAGCCAAAUAUUGUGAUGAUGACAGAUUACAUGCUGUCAAACAGCGGGAUGAGGCUAUUAUACAUGCCAAAAAGCUGCAGCAAGAAAUUGAUUCAAAACAGAAUGGUCCACAAAUUAGAUAUCUUCAGAGAGUGAAUGAAUUGCCAUCCUUAGGAAUCCCACAACUACAACAGCUUCACCAGCAGUUAUCACGAGAUUUGAAAACGUUAGAUGGGUUAAUAAUGUUCCACCAUCAGAAUGUUAAGUGCUUAAGAUGUCAAGAGAAGGAUAGGACUGUCACAACCAGGUUACAAUGCGGUCAUCAGGUGUUUUGUGAAAUGUGCAUUACGAAGAUUAUGGAAUGUCCUGUGUGCCAUGCACAAGUACCACGAUCAAGCACAGGAUACAACAGGUUGUAAUAAUGGACUCAUUUAGGAUUUUCAAAUUUAAAAAUGAAAAUUGACUUGAAAAGUGCUAAUCAUCUCAUUUUCAUCUCUGUUAUAGAUUUUAUUAUGUCAUUUUGUUGGAAUUAUGUUCUGAUUUUUUUUCUGUUGAGAAUGAUUGUACACUUGGAAUGCGUUUGUUAUUGUUUCAGAAGGAACAUGUGAUAAUGGUGUAGGGUACUUUCCCCGAUUAUAUUUGAUAAUGAAGUGCCCACAAAGUCAAGUUUAUCCUGCACACAUAGUUCUACUUGGUUAGUGCUAUUGUUCCUAGUGAACAAUUCUUCACACAGAAAACAAAAUAUUUUUAUUUUCUUUUUACAAUUGUUAAGUUGAUGCAUAUUGGUUUCCCUUUAAACAUGCUUUCUCAGUAGAUUUUCAUUGUUUACUGCACUCAGAAUGUAUUAUCACUGGUUUGAUAAGAAAUUGUUUCAUCUGCAAUAUUAUAAGUAGUAUAUAUUUAUAUGAUGAUCAUGAUUAUUAGUAGAUACUUUUCUUAAGUCAAUAUGAAUUUGUAUGUAGGUUUGAUUUAUUUUUUGUAGUGAAAGGUUUUCUGUUAAAUCAUGCUAGGUCAAUCAAUUUCAAUUGUAUUUUGAGAAAGGUGAAGCCUGCUUUUGGGGAAGGAAUUAUAUUUUUCCUCAGAAUUUAGAGUUUGACCUUGUAAGAAGCUGACUAGUAUAUUUAUCAGCAGGCUUCAGUACUCAUCCUAGUUGGUUUUUUGUCUCAUCGUUUUUACAAGCAUUACAACUGUGCAUGUAGUUUUUUCAUCACUGAAAUAGGUUAAAACCUAGUUUUUUUUCCCCGUAUACUAUUAAAAAGGAUAACUUCGCAUGAAAAAGUUAUAAUAAAACAGAAUUACAGGCUGUAGUGUUAUGACCUGUUGAUAAUCUUUGUUUCCACUGCUAAAUAUAUCUAGUACAUGUACAGUAUACAGUAAAACUACUGUUCAAGCUCUCUGAAUGGACUGUAUUAUAGCAUGGCAAUGCCAAUCUCCUUGUCAAUUAUCAUAGCUUCUGUUCCAUUAAACUAUUUAGAGGAAACCAUAUCAAGGUCAAGGUCACCAGUUGAAGAGAAAACCAAAUCAAAGAUACAUUCAAAUGACACUGGUUAGACAUAAUGAUCAUCACCUGUUAUCCAGGAUUUUGGUCAAAGUAAAGGCCGAAAAGUUAAUUAAUAUUAUUUGUCCAGAGUCUAAUUUUGUUGAUUAACUUGCUUUUUCACACAUGAUAAAUCAUUUCUUUAUCCUUGUUUCAAUGUCAAGGUCAAAAGUUAAGGUCAAAGAUCAAAACUGGUGUGAAAUUUAAAUUUCAUCAUUGAAUGCAGCUUUUGUUUCAUUUGCAUACAUGCUAGACAAUCUGCUGUGCAGUAUUUACGAUGUACUACUUCUGAAGUAUGUGUCAGAUUGUAGGUUCAAGAACCUUAGUGUCAAAGGAAUGCAAAUGAUAUUUUGAGGAAUGUCUUGAUAUUUGUUAUGACCUGUUCUUGUUUCAUUCCAAAAUUCUUUCAAUAGCAUUCAUAUAUAUUUCUAUGUCAGUGGUUGAUUGGAUUAUGUAACAGUUUAUAGGUUGUACACAUUAUUCCCUGACACUAAAACAAUUUAAGGAGUCAUCCCACAUUUUGAACAGAUUUCAAUAAACAAUCCCUUGCAAAUUAAGAUAUGCCUGAUUUAAAUAUUUAACACAGGAUUUAUUUUUGUGCUUAGGUCUGUUUGGUUAUCUGAUAUUCUGCAUGAACGUUUGUUAUUGGAGGAUCAAAGAUGUAAUGGGUUUUUGGACAAAAAUUGUUCUACGUUUUAGUUAAACCUGCAUGAAUCUCCAUCUGCAUCAAAGCAAGGGUGUAUAUGGCUAUAUGUUUAACAAAGAUUCUCAAAUUUAAC